CUGGAGGAGCCAGUCGGGAGGGAGGGAGGCAGGCAGAGGCGCUGCGCCCUCCCCGUGUUGGCAGGAGGCUGCGGCGGCUCGGCUGCCCUGCUAGGGCCCGGGGCUAGUGGCUGGCAUGCGGUGCGGGAAGAUGGCGGCGCCGGCGGCGGGGACCCGGGGCGGUGUGAGGCGGCGCUGCCAGCGGCUGCUCUACUGGGUGCCGGUGCUGUUCAUCUCCAGCAUCCUCUGCUGGUCCUACUACGCCUAUGUCACCCAGCUCUGCCUGCUAUCUAUGGCAAAUAUUGGAGAAAAAGUUGUGUGCCUGAUUGCCUAUCACCUAUUUUUCAUGCUGUUUGUCUGGUCUUACUGGAAAACAAUCUUUACAUUACCAAUGAAUCCUUCAAAAGAAUUCCAUCUGUCAUAUGCAGACAAAGAACUGCUGGAAAGGGAGCCUAGAGGUGAAGCCCAGCAAGAAAUUUUUAGGCGAGCAGCCAAGGACCUUCCUAUCUAUACAAGGACAAUGUCUGGAGCAAUCAGAUACUGUGACAGAUGCCAACUUGUAAAACCAGACCGCUGCCAUCACUGUUCCGUUUGUGACAAAUGUAUUUUGAAAAUGGACCAUCAUUGCCCUUGGGUGAACAACUGUGUUGGAUUCUCCAAUUACAAAUUUUUCCUUCUUUUCUUGGCUUAUUCUCUACUGUACUGCCUUUUCAUUGCUGCAACAGAUUUACAGUAUUUUAUCAAAUUCUGGACAAAUGGCCUUCCUGAUACUCAAGCCAAGUUCCAUAUCAUGUUUUUAUUCUUUGCUGCAGCCAUGUUUUCAGUCAGUUUAUCCUCUCUUUUUGGUUAUCAUUGUUGGCUAGUCAGCAAGAAUAAAUCUACAUUAGAGGCAUUCAGAGCACCUAUAUUUCGCCAUGGAACAGACAAGAAUGGCUUUAGCUUGGGCUUCAGCAAAAAUCUAAGACAGGUGUUUGGUGAUGAGAAGAAAUAUUGGCUGCUCCCUGUAUUUACAAGUCUAGGAGAUGGUUGCUCCUUUCCAACUUGUCUUGUUAACCAAGAUCCUGAACAGGUUUCCACACCUGUUGGACUUAAUUCAACAACCAAAAACGAGAAUCACCUUUUUCCACCAAAGACUUUACGAGAUUCCCAGAGCCACCUUCUUACUGAUACUCAGUCUUGGAUGGAAAGUAGUGCAAAUACCGAAAAGGGCAAAGUUGUCCCCAAAGGUAUGAGCAAUCCUGGACUAACCGUGGAAAAUGAAACCUAGUCACUGUUAAUGGAAGCAUCUAAAUAUUCAAGGAAAGUUCAAGGUAAAGCUGCUGAUGAAAGGAAGAUGCAUUCUUCCAAAAAUCAGCCCCUAUCAGCCAGCUGUUCCUGUCUGCUCCUGUGUGGAUAUGCUCAGAAGAAAUUGACAGCUGAUUAGCUGUUGCCAUGUCAUUGCUUGAAACAUAAGACAUACUGAUAUUUUUGAACUGUAUUAAGAAUGUUUCAACGUACACAAAUUACUGGUAAAAUGCUAAAGGACAUUUCUGAGUAUUAUGAGAGGAGAAAGGGGGAAUCCUUUCAUUAGGAUUAGCGGGACAAAAUUUACUAUUGUGGACAUUCAAGGGCUAGUUUUUACUUUGGUAUUCUGAUAGCACAAGAAAACGUAAACUCCUUACAUAUAGCCCGUCCAUGCUUUUACAUCAGUUUUGAAUCUUGAUAUUAUUUAUGAAUUUCAAUGGCCGUAAGUAGGUUAUUUAAAAAAAAAAAAAAAAAGAAUUAUACAUUUUGUGCUGCUGGCUUUAUCCAUGAAAAAGCAUUAUCAGCAUUGAUUUUUGGUAAUUGAGUAGCUUACUGAUUGGUCAGGUACCAUAUUUUGAUUUCAGAUUCUGACUGAGUCAGCUAAUUUAUGAUUUAAAAUCAACCUAAAUGAAACAGGUUGGAUCAUCUUAGACUAUUUUGGUAGACUUGAUUGCAGAUAGUAUCCGCCCUUCCCCUAUACAGAUAUGACUGCUGGAUUGUAAACACUUAAUUGCUGAAAUAACCUCUCACUUAACUGGAUUGUGUGCUUACAGUUCAGGUUAAUUUUCAUUCUUAGUAGAGUAGUAAGAAGAGGCCCAUAUUGGAGUUGGACUGUGUGUGUAAAUGGAGGUUAGGGCUUUCAGUUACAGCUGCACAGGAUGAUUUCUGUGAAAUUGGGAUUGUUGUGAUACAGCUUCUUAGUUUGGGCCAGCACCUCUUUAGAAAAAUAAAAUGUGUGGACUUAAUGUUACUUAGAAACAUUUGGACCAAAAAUGCUUAAUCUAAAUUGUGGACUUUGAGAAGUACAUGGCCCAAGAACAUUAAUAUGCUUCUCAUGGCUUGGUAAUCAUUACAGACUAAUUAUUGAACAUAAGCUCUUUCCUUUCUCAGUCGUAUUUAAAAUGUUGCAACUUAAUGAUGUACAUACAAAGACUUUCAUUGUUAUAACAACGUGUAGUAUUUGCUCUAUUACAUCUGGACAUCCGAUCAUUCACAUCAAAAACCCAAACUUUUUUCCCAUAGAAAACCUUUUACAGGGAAAGUAGGAAGGAGAUGUGUACAUAUUCAAUCAGAUGUUGGAUUUCAUAGGAUCAAAGUUUACCAGCCAGAUUUAAAAAGAAAAAAGUGUAUUGCUAGUUUCUGAAACCAAGGAAGUUUCAGCGACACAAAUUUUACUCUGUCUUGUGCCUUUAUAUGCACUACACUUACGGUAUUACAAAAUGUUUACACAAAAUGCAAAGUAUGUUAAUUGCAAAACCAUUUUAAAAAUUAACUUUCUAGUGGGCUAGCUAGAAAAAUUAAAAUAGGGAUCUUUAAAAUUGCACAUAAGACUAUGGGAUCAGGGAACAGUUGAGAAGCAGAUAGGGAAUUCAGCUCUCAAAACUCAGUUGAUCAGAUUGGAUCACAGGAUCAUAUAAAACAGAAAGAUAAAGUACAGGAUAUAGAACUGAUCUCCAUUAUUAUUUCUGUAUUUGUAAUAGCAGGAAGGUAAAUCUUUAAGAAACAAGAAAUGUUCAGAACACAGGGAACUGGAGUAAAUUACUGUUAGAAUUUUUGUUUCCAGUAAAACAUUAUUAUUAUUACCUCUUUUACAACCAAAUAAUUCUAGAUCAUUGGUUCAAAAUUGUUCUCCUGGGAUGGUUUUAACCAUUAUCACUUUUAGAUGAGAAUUUUGAUCUGACAUGGACCAAUGUCUCUGGGGAAAAGUGUUCAGCAGGUAUGAUUUUAAUGUUUUUUUAUUAUUAUGAAUGAGUUUUUUCCUUAAAUUUUACUCAUCUGAAGACAUCUCUUAUAGAUUCCAUUACCGGAAGUGCCAGCAUAUGAUCUAUAGAUGUGGAACAUUUUUAAACUAGCCUUUGAGGGUAACACUGUUUACAUGAUCCAUGUAAACAUUUUGCAGCCAGGAUUUCCAUAGCACACUACUUGUUUCCUCAGUGUUACUCUGUCAGGAGUUUACUUUGUAUCAGUGUUUAUUUAAAAGUUGGUAACUGUCAACAUGAUCAGAGAGAUGGGGUGGAGAAAGGACUAAAUACUUUAAUUUUUCGUGCUUUCAUAAUCUGUAUAUUUGUUUGUAAGUAAUUAUUCAGCUGCAGCGUUGUCUGUCAAAAUCACGAGUGUGCAUUAAAAAUAUAUACAUAUGAAGUGACAUGUCCAACUUCUUAAAAAUUAGCUUUAAUGUAAGUUUAAUAUAUUAUAUUACUAUAGAGCAGUAAAUAUGAUUUAAUAUACAAUGUCUUUGCUAUAAAAUUCAUACCAGAAGGGGGUCCCUCUAAAUCUGGAUCUCCUUCCUCCUCUGACCUAUAAGAAGAGCUCUCAGUAGGGUUGGGAUCUGUGUAGUGCCGGCUCCAGGGUUUUUGCCGCACCAAGCAGCAAAAAUUAAAAAAAAAAAAAAAAAAAAAACCACGAUCGCGAUCUGCGGCACUUCAGCGGCAGCUCUUCAUUCUUCGGUGGCAGUUCGGCAGCAGGUCCUUCACUCCGAGAGGGAGUGAGGGACCCGUCACCGAAGAGCCGGAUGUGCCGCCCCUCCGUUGGCCGCCCCAAGCACCUGCUUGCUGAACUGGUGCCGGCCCUGGAUCUGUGCAGGGGAAGGAAGUAGAAUGUGGACAGCUCUCUUCGGUGGGUUGGGAACAGGGAAUGCACUUCAGCCCUUCUCCAGCCUUGCAGAAACAAGGGUUUAAAAAUAAUACAGCCUCAGAGGGGUUCCUGGAGCAGCUCUCUCACUCCAGGGAGGAAGGGGUAGAAAUGGAAGGCCUCCAUGUGCACACAUGGACGUUGUGUGUGUGAUCACUAAGGCCUGUUUUGUGUGCAGAGGCAAAUUCCCCACAUGCCUGCCAGAACAAUUUGAGAGGGGAUCAUUAUGGAGUCCCCACCACCACCCCCUACUGCGGAUUAUAUGGUAGGACAAGGCUGUCUGGGCCCUCGUUAAAUUAUUAUUCCUUACUUGUGUUUGAUGAGCACUCUGAAAGCUUUAUACAUGAGGGAAAAUAGCUUCUUUUCAAAGCCCUGUGGUUCAGCUGUUGUGAUGUUACAAUGCAAAUAUGAGAUUCUUUUUGGGGGGGAAACAACAACUCAAGAGCAAGAUUAACACUGGGAAUUGUUAGAUUAGAUUGAUUCUUUUGAUCAGCAUAAACUUGCUGGCCACUUGACUGCACUCUAAUGUGUAAGACUUGUAUUUUUUUUAAUGUAAGAACACAAUGCUUUAUAUUUAUUGUACCAGCAACUGCUUGUUGUUGCCUGCUUCCUGUUAAUUAUGGCCCCGAUCUUGGGAUGCACAGACAUACUCCUGCACCCAGAGGGACACCAACUUCAGUGGGAUUCUGGGUGGGCCUGAGUGUCCCCACAUUUGGUCCAGGAUCUAUAAUUAAGUCAGAAUGAAUUCCCCCACAGGUGUGUAGAUAAUUUGUAUGAAUUAAAUAGACUUCAGUGUCCAGUAAUUUUAACAAAAUAUAUUCAUUAAAAAUUAGACUAAAAUAACUAUAACUUGGGGGGAGGGAUAGCUCAGUGGUUUGAGCAUUGGCCUGCUAAACCCAGCGUUGUGAGCUCAAUCCUUGAGGGGGCCACUUAGGAAUCUGGGGCAAAAUCAGUACUUGGUCCUGCUAAUGAAGGCAGGGGGCUGGACUCAAUGACCUUUCAAGGUCCCUUCCAGUUCUAGGAGAUAGGCUAUCUUAACUAAUAACUAGACAUCUGCUGGUGCAUAAGUCCACAGAUUCUGAACCCGAAUUGUGUAACUGAAAUAUUUUGUUGUAAUUUAGAAAUCUCUUCCUCCAGAGAGAGAUGGAAUUUGCAUUUUUAUAAAGAAAAUUGAAAACUUAAAUGUUGAGUUCCAUCCAUUUACUCAUUUUGUAAUUGUAGACCAGGUGCAGGUAAGUGGUGGUUAACACCCAUUUAGAAUUUUUAUUCGGACAUGUCUUUAUGGAGAUCAUGAGCUACAAUUAAAGUGGUCCGAUACUGUCAAUACUAAUGUUAGUGCAUCACUUGAGUAUUAGGUGUUAAACAAUGAAAACUAGUUAUGUCUCUACUAUAAAGAUAGCGGUAGAUAUUUCAAGUCUUUUUUUAAAUUUGUCCAGACAAAAAUCAAAUGCUGACAGCUAGGGUGAAUGAAGAACAUGAUAUAUUUCUAUCAGGGCCUGUUUCAGUGCAUGGCCCUAUUUAAUGCUGCACAAUAUUUUGAAUGACUGUUGUCUUUUACUCCAUAAUGUGUUCAAGACUGCAAUAUCAUGCUGUCCCUUCCUACUGGUCAAUUUAAUAUCUGUGUGGGUUAAAAACAUUUUUGUAGCCUUUUUUUAUUUUAUCCAUCUCAACCCACAGUUAGGGUAUUAAACCAGUCCCACUAAUUUACGAUGAAGCUUUUGUAGGACAACUAACCAUUUGGGUGCAAGCCAUCCCAUUGCAUAAACUGUAAAUGGUGUUAGGCAGCAAAAUACAGAAUUUUGGCAGAUGAUAGGAGUGAAAGUGAUUGCAGCUCCCCUUUGAAAAGUAGUAGCUGAGGCUCUAGGUUACACUAGUACUGUGUAUGAAAUAAAUGAUAAACUGCAUAACAGAAGGGGAGAAUGAAUUGCUGAGAGGAAGAAACAAUGGACCCAACUCUGCUCUGUUACAUAAGAACGUUGCCACUGAUUUUAUAGAGCUAGUCUACAGCUGUAACUGAGAUCAGACUUUGGCCCACUAUCUCACUGCUUCAGCUAUGAGCCCAAUGUGGUGUUUUGCAUGCAACACACCUAACUAGGUACCAAAUGGAUUGCUGCUUUAGAUUAUCUCUAGGAAGCAUUUAUAAUAUACAGGGCAAUUUCACGGGUGGGGGAGGAAAUUCUCACUUUACAGAUUGAUGCUCUCUCCUUCCUUCAAGACUGCAUUAAGAGCAAGAAGCAAGUUGGAGAACCCCAGGGUGCACAUUAGGUAUGCCUUUAAUUCCCUCUUAUGGCAUUUCUCCCUCUUUACCGCUGGUAGCAAAACAACUUACAAGCUGAGCUGUCAGAAAAAUCAGCUUCCAAGAGCUCUAUUUCAAACCAAUUUGGAUAUUCUGUCUUAGUUAUUCUGGAACAAUGGUCACUGAGUAUGCAUUGCUGAGAAGUGUAUAUAACUAGUGAUGUUGCACAAACCCUGGAGGAGCUUGUUGCUUGUUUGUAUUGUGUAAACAGUAUUAUGUAUUUUUGUAUCAUGUUAACUUGCUGCUGGGAAAAAAAUUAAACUCAUUUGGCUUAUGCAAGAAA